UCUGGGGUUGCCCUUUACGUUACACAAUACGGAGCAUCUGAAACUUAUGCAGCCCCAUGAGAGAUCCGUAAUUUUCUCCUGGCUGGUUCUUGAGGUUCAAUCGAUCCAGCAGUGCGAGAUUAAGCGAAAGCAUUCAAGUCGCUGUGCAGCGAAUUAGUGCCAGUUCUGUAAAUGACCUCAUAUCACGUAGAGCCUCCAGAGAAGCGGCGUCGAGUCGAUCGUGUUACGGCAGCAUGUGAUCUUUGCAAAAAGCGAAAGGUCAAAUGUGACGGUGAACAGCCAUGCGCGUACUGUCAACGGAAAGGUCGCGCAGAUACGUGUACAUUCACUGCGCCGAAAGUGCGCGGCGUACGAUCUGCUGGACAUACUCCGAACGGUCCCACACCUUCGCACGUUGAUGAGCAAAGAACUGCACAUUCGACCCCCCGUCGAAGAAGUGAGGAGGGUCUUACUGCUAUCGGAACAUCACUCUCCCCAACAAUAAGCAGGGAUGAACACCCCGAAGAUACAGCUGUACCUUUGGAGGGUCGUAUACUACGUGACGCGCAGGGGAAAGUAAUCUUUGUAGGCGAUUGCGCGCCCCUAUCCUUUUUGCAGACCGUCAGACAUCUGAUCGCAUCCACUGUUGAUGCAGAUGCUUUGCCCGCACAAUCUUCUCGGGAUUCUAUUAUUGAAGUUGCUCGACCAGGAUCAGCCGACCAACAACAAUCCUUAUCAGUAUCACUCCACGAAGUGCGGCCACUGGUUCAGCAAUAUACUGUAGCUGUCAGUGGCUUGGUAGAUCUGUUCGAGCACGAUCAGCUACUAAGCGAGAUAAGCUCAUGGGCCACAGGUGCAAUUGCACGUCCCCACGAGUCUGCAGCUGCAGUGUUCUAUCUUGUGCUUGCAGUUGGCGCGCAAGAGAAUCAAGAUGCCAAAGCAGAGGCAUGGUUUACUUAUGCUCAGGAUUUACUACUAAAGCAUCUGGCUAACAGCAUGAAUAUUUCAACCGUUCAAGGAUUUGCGCUCGUUGCGAUCUACAUGCUUCGGGCUUUCCAGCCCAACGGCGCCUAUCUUUACUUCUCUUUGGCCGCUCGUACUGCUUACGCAAUUGGCCUACAUCGAACAGAAGUCAACGCCUCAUUCGGAGAGUCCAUCAAACUUGUCAGAGAUCGUAUAUGGAAGAGCGUCCGCGUUGUCGACCAGCUCAUAAGCAACCUGCUAGGCCGGCCGCCAUCAACUUCGGAUGUGGAUUGCACCGUCAAGUACAGUGUUGCAGAAGUCGCCGAUGACAUGAACGCACAAAUACUCGACACAAGCGUGCAGAUCUUUAUGAUCAUCGAACGCGUCGUCGUUGAAGUGUACUCUCGCAAACGGAUUUCUCUACGCAUCGCAAACUAUGUUUCUCGCCAACUAAGGACUUGGGCGUCAAACUGGCUUCAACCUUUGCACGAAGCCACCAGUCGAGCAAAUUUAGGUACUUCAUCGCCAGAGGCAGCUGUCGGUGCUUGCUCUACGCUAUGCUCCUACUACUACGGCAUCAUGCUACUAACACGACCGUUCCUGAUUUACGAGCUGUACGAGUAUAUGGGCGCUUCUCUGAAGGGUAGCGGUACGCAAGGCGAACAUGAGGAGAAACGAAAAUAUGCCGACGCCGCACUCGAUGCCGCCUCGUCUUUCGUGGACACAUUACAGACUGUAAUACAUACCGGCAAAAUGCCUCGUAGGAUGCCACUCAUAGUGUCUUGGCUUUUCACCACCUCACUCGUGCUGGCAGUUGGCGUGCUAGGUCACUCAGGAAUGACCCUCAAGGACGACUGUCAAGCUUCAAUUCAAUGUCUCGACUACUUCGGCAAAGUCGAUCCACAUGCUCGACAAUACUCCCUCACCGUACAGUCCUUGCUGAGGACGACGACUUCACAUGUCAGACAACGAGAACAGCGCUUGCGAUCGCAACAAAAGCAGGCCUCAUCACAAUUAUUUGGAUUGCUACCUUCAGCUACUAAUACGCCACGACAAGACAUCAUUCAUCGUCGCCGCCAAUCUACUGUGCAACCUUUCACUUCAUCCGUUCCGGAGCAGGAAAAUGCCAUUGCUUCCGCGCCUUCCGACUGGACUAUAUACGACGCCGACUUUUUCUCGAUGCCUUGGAUGAACGAGAAUGAUCAAGGUUUACAAGGCUUCCUGCAACCAGGGACACAUACCUUCGACGGAGCAUCCAUUGCCGAUAUACCACUCUUCCCUAUGUACGAUCAACAAAGCGGUGGAAGCUUCCUAUGAGCGAACAAAUCAAACAUCUUUACCAGAUAACGCUCAGAACGUCCAAAAAAGAAAACUAUAGCUGCAGACAGCUUCGGACCGUGACAUUGGAU